AUGGGCGAGGUGCCAUGGGCGCCACCAGGCGAGGCGAGGAAAAUACCACUUGGUGUGGCGUUGUUGGGUGAGGCUCCGUCUGGAAAGGCGCCAUGGGCACUAUCAAUUGAACAGGGUGAUCGGAGCAUGUCAAGGCUGGCACACUUGGGCGUCAAAUACAGAGGGACGAGCUCAGGUGUUGUACACGAGGUGACCCAAUUGGGCGUCGAAUGUGAGGUGGCCCAGCCAGGCGCCAAGGCACCAUGGUCGCAAGGGGUUGGCGGCCCUGUUGAUUGUGAGGAAGGGGUGCUGCUAGGCGACGGGCGUAG